AAUUGAGAACUGUGACAACUGUUUCUGCAGAUCAACCCCCUUUCCUUGAACAAUAAAUAAGCAAAUACUAUAGUAAUAUUAUAAUUAAAGAAAAAAAUAAAAGAGGAGCAAUACAUCACACACACACACACACCAUUCUUGAAUAAAAAAGCAAUCUUUAUGUGUUUUGUGUUUAUAGGUAUUUUUUCUUUGGGAUUGAUCUACAAAUGAGUAGGAGAAAUUGCAGCCAAUCCAAAGAUUAAAAAUUUAGUCUUUUGACUGAUAAAGAAAAUGCUGUGACUGGUUUUGAAAUUCUUGGCAUAUUUUUUCUUGGAUUUGUUUGAGUGUUUUAAUAUAGGAGGUAAGUAAUGGAGUCAAGAAUGGAUCAUUAUGAGAUCAUGGAACAGAUUGGGCGUGGAGCAUUUGGUGCUGCUAUUCUUGUUAAUCACAAGCAAGAGAGAAAGAAGUAUGUGCUCAAGAAGAUCCGUUUAGCUAGACAAACUGAACGUUGCAGGAGAUCUGCUCAUCAAGAGAUGGCACUGAUUGCUCGGAUUCAACAUCCAUAUAUUGUUGAAUACAAGGAAGCAUGGGUAGAGAAGGGAUGCUAUGUUUGCAUUGUUACUGGCUAUUGUGAAGGUGGUGAUAUGGCUGAACUGAUGAAAAAGGCAAAUGGGCAAUAUUUUCCAGAAGAGAAACUUCUGAAGUGGUUCACUCAACUACUGUUAGCAGUGGAAUAUCUGCAUUCAAAUUUUGUACUGCACCGUGACCUUAAGUGCUCAAACAUCUUUCUGACUAAGGAAAAAGACGUUCGCCUUGGGGAUUUUGGCCUUGCGAAAACAUUGAAGGCUGAUGAUUUGACUUCUUCAGUAGUUGGAACACCCAAUUACAUGUGCCCGGAACUUCUUACGGAUAUUCCUUACGGUUUUAAAUCAGACAUUUGGUCCCUCGGCUGCUGUAUGUAUGAAAUGGCUGCUCAUCGCCCUGCAUUUAAAGCAUUUGACAUGGCGGGACUGAUAAGCAAAAUAAACAGAUCAUGCAUUGGCCCAUUGCCAUCUUGUUAUUCUCCGUCCUUAAAGACACUUAUAAAAGGUAUGCUGAGGAAGAGCCCCGAGCAUCGGCCUAGUGCAUCCGAACUCCUGAAGCACCCAUAUUUGCAGCCUUAUGUUGAUCAGUACCGACCAUCCUUUAAUCCUCUUCCAUCAAUUUCUCCUGAAAAACCUCUCACUGCUAAUCGCGACUCCAGAAAGAAUAUGGCAGAAAGCCAAAGUAGUACCAGUACAUGCAGUGAUAAAGAUAGUUUGAAGUCAAGUGAAAAGAACUUACAAGGAAUGGCUUGCAAUGAUGACCAAAAGGGCGAUAACACGGUUGUCGCCUUUGUUGAUCAUGAAGACUUUGAGCAACGUUAUUCUAGUGAGGAACAUCAUGCAGCUGAUGCUUUUCCUGAAGACGCAGAGGAGUAUGACUCUAGGAAUAUUUUGCAUGAAGUGAAAAAAUGUGAUGCUGAAGCUAAGCAACCCAGAACAAUAAAAAACAUUAUGUUGGCUUUGAAAGAGGGAAAAAUGAGAGAACAUAGUUCCCCAAUGAGAGGCAGCAAGGCGAAGGUCGGUGGUACAGGUGCGAACAAAGCCAACAUUGAAGCAUCCCCAAAAGUCCUAAAACCGAGUUCACCUACUCCAACCUCUAAAUCUAAUGCACAGAUACCAUCUCCUGGAUCAACAAAGCAGAAUCAAGGAAUGCAUACCUUGAAGCAACAGUUUCCUACCACUGAGUCCACCCCAAAGACUAAAACAAGACACGAGGGGAUCUCUCCCUCUGGCGCUAUAAGACAAGAUGAUAGGUUACCUACAAGGCCAAGACAGCGAACACCUCCUAAGCUGACUAAGCAACCUUCAUUUUCUGGAAGGCUACAGCCAGUGGGUCAUGAUGCUUUGAAUACUGAGAACGAUGAUGUAGAGUGUAGUCCAAAUGACCAGUUGCAUGAUCCCGAAAGUAUGUCUAAUGCUUUUACUGAUGGCAGUGACAUACAACCGACAAAGAAAGGCUCCGAAAGGAUCCCUAAUUCUUCUCGUGAUGGUUGUCAUAUACAUGCCACAAGUAACGGCAUGCUACAUUUGCGAAAGGUUUCAUCAGGAGCUUCAAAAGGAAUGCAAACGGAGAGCAGCAAUUCUGCUUCUUCUUCAGUGUCCAUCCAAGGAUUUGAACUUUGUGAUGAUGCAACAACUCCUUUUAUUAAGUUGACCGAACAAAUGCUGGGAAGUCAUGAACGAGCUACUGAAACUGAAACCACAGGAUCAAGACCCUCUUGGUCAAUGACUACAUCAUCACGCUCGGAUAUUGCUAAUAGUUUGAGGGAAAACCACGAAGAUAUCCAGAAAUCUGAAGCAUGCUCCAUUGAAAAUCUUGAGGAGCAUCAUCAAAGUUCGGAUGUUGGUGCUUGUGAAGAGAAAGCAAAUUCAUAUAUACCUAUAGACACUGCCUCUCCGCUUUUGAAAGAGAUUGCUCUUUGUGAGGGUGAUUCCACAACCAGCAAACCUGAUACUACGACUGAUAUUUCGCGUUUGACAAACCCCAGUUUCACAUCCUGUGGUGAUGACAAGUCUAUGGAAAAGUUUUCAUCCUCGACAACAGAAUGUGUCUCUACCACUACUCCACUUGUUUCCUCAAACCAAAACAAUCUGCAGAGCUCAAACUUUACUUUGAAAGCCAAUGGUGAUGAGAAGUUUUUUCCCAAGGAACUCUUUUCCUCAAAAACUGAAAGUGCCUACCCUUCCUCCCCUAUUUCAGUCAGCCAAAAUAGUUUGUUGCCAGACAAGGCAAGUGUUCCACAGAAUGUGGUUCUUGAAAAAGCAGCUUCUCCUCAGUUCAAACCAGCUUUUGAUGAUGUCAUACAUGUCAUAAGACACAGUAGUUUCCGUGUAGGUGGCGAGCAACCAGUAAUUGACAAUGUGGAGAGAAAUGUUGAUGUUGGGAAACUUAUAAAUGUGGCAAGAGAUGAUCUUGAUUUUAGUCUAACUUCUCCUCCUGCUCCCAAAUCGUCUGCUUCUGGACCGGUAAGUGUUAAAUCCAAUAUAUCGGACAGUGUCCAUUAUAAGGAAAUGGAUGUGAGAAACCAAAGCAGUCCCACCUCUUCAAGUCCAAGAUUAGAUUCUUCAGAACAAGCAAAGCCCAACACAACGCUUGUGGAGGAGGAACGACCAGUAAAGGAAAUACUAGAUGUCAAAUCUUUUCGACAAAGAGCAGAAGCACUUGAAGGGCUGUUAGAAUUAUCUGCUGACUUACUUGAGAAUAACAGAUUAGGAGAGCUCUCUGUUGUCCUAAAACCAUUCGGGAAGGACAAGGUGUCGCCGAGGGAGACAGCUAUCUGGUUGGCUAAGAGUCUUAAAGGAAUGAUGCUCGAUGAUUCUGGACGAAAUUCAUGAUCCAUUAUGGAGAUGGCAAGUUCAUUACUUUUGUUAGUGUUUCUCUACACUUAGUUCUUUUUUUCUUAACUUUUUGAAACUUCAACUUUCAAUUGAGUUCUCCAAGAAAAACAGUUAAAGAGGUUCUUUGACUUUUUCCUUUUUCGUACAAUAGACCCUUGUGGUCCGGCCCUUCCCCGGACCCCACACAUAGCGGGAGCUUAGUGCACCGGGCUUGCCCUUUAGUAUCUUAGCAAUUCUUUCUUUCCAGUAACUGUAAAUAGAGAGCAAACAAAUUUGAACAAUUUUUUAUUCCGCGAAAUGUAAGAAUGUCUUCGAACACGAAUUUUGAGAUUAUGUACUCUGCUGUUUCUUGGAUACAUAAAACUUUCAAGUCACUUAGUUCUAA